AUGGCCGUCGACGACAAGAGAAAGCAGGAUUGGAUGGAUGGACAAAUUCCAGCCCUCCAGGGCAGAGAAGAGCAGCGCAGGGCUACAGGGCAAGGUGGUAUUCUGAUGGAGCCCAUCUCAAACGAGAGUCCGUAG